GAUAAAGGAGUUAUUGUGAAUGUUAAGUACCAGCAAUAGUUUACUGCAAUGGACAUUUACAAUUGCUGAGUCUGUCAGCUAUGUGAAUAGAAGAUCAUAUUUAUCCUCUGCUCAGUAUCACCCACUGGAGAUGGAACCUGCAACCUGUAUAUUUUCUAUAUGAUAUCUGUGAAGCCGUGCCUCUAUUUCCUGACUUAGAACUACCUAGAGGUCCUCCAAAUAUGAAUGGGACUUUCUUUAACCAGACCGUCUUAGACCAAGAAGCUUACACCAACUCCUCCCAAGGAAUUGGAUCCUUGAUUGGAUGUUGCAACGGAACUCGGUCUGUCAUCACUAGUGAUGGAGGUUCUCUUGUGCUGAACCCUGACGAGAGAAGCAUGUUCAUAAGCCGAGUGGUACAAAUAGCUGUACUAUGCAUUCUCUCUCUCACUGUCAUAUUUGGUGUAUUUUUCCUGGGCUGCAACUUGCUCAUCAAAUCAGAAAGUAUGAUAAACUUCUUAGUGAAGGACAGGAGGCCUUCCAAAGAUGUGGGGGCAGUGAUUCUGGGGCUCUACUGAGUGAAGAGGUCCGGUACUCAAAGAUUGGGCAAUUACACUAAACUACAACAUUGGACCAUUGCCCUAGACUUACAGCAAGAUGUUAAGCAUGCAAUGAAAAUGUCGCAUGGAGUUUCAUUUGAUCGGGGUCUGCAUGAGAGGGUACGACUGCCAAAAACCCCAGUCUAACUGAAUGUACAUUUUAAGAAAAAAAGAUUUGCUAUGCCUUUGAUUUUUUACUGGAUACCUGUCUCAUCAGUAGCAGAGAUAUCAUCCUGCACUACAGCUCCCCUCUCAUCAGACAGUAACUGUCCUGAAGCUUCACACAGUUAUAGGAUAAAGCAUGCACCUUUUUAUCUGUUUAUGAUUAUAUGAUACAGUAUGUAUCCGAAAAUGCAACAUGUUUCCUCACACAUCCUUUUCUUUGCUCUUACUCAUUUUGUGGAUAAAUUUAAAGCAUGUUUCCAAGGUUGCAAUCCUGUUAUGCAAAGUGUUUUUGUACUAUAUUUAUCGAAUACCAAGCAUGAUUGGGGAUGUGUUUUUGUAUGCAUAGUCACUGGUAAUUUUCUUGCAGUAAUAUGUCAUUUUUGCAUUUUAACACAAUGAAGAUUGCAAAUAAAAUACACUAUUUUUAAUUAUUAUACUUUUUUGUUUGAUAAAACAAAACACUAUAGAACUGAUUAAAAAUGAUCAUAACGUGUUCUUUCUUAGUUGUAAAGGGGUUAAUAAUCCCUUUAAGGGACACAUUAGAAAUAAGAGGCUUAAAUAUAUAAUAAAUAAUUACACGGCAUGAAGAUCUCUGCAAACAGUGAUAAAAUUACCUGAAUCAGUUAUAUUGGUCAGAAAACCCAAGUUUAGAACAUGACAGUAGAAAGAUAAUUAGUCUGCUUGUAGUACAGAUGUGCCCCCCCCCCCUCCCUCAUAGCAUGCAGUUUACUGUGGAAGACAUUUUACUGUAUAUCAAGCAAAUUUUAGUAAAAUGUAAAUGUGCCCGAGAAACUAAUGCUAUGUUUUACGUAUUAGGUGAGAAUAAUUUUUGCCCAUCAGUUUGCCUGUUUUGCAUUCUUCAGUAAACCUACAGUAUGUGUUAAUAUACUACAGCAUCAUUCUGAAAGAAACGCGUGGUAUUCACAGAUGUCUGAAGCAUAAUUAUUUUAUGGCAUAAUCAUUAAUAGGAUAUUUUAGGUAUAUCUAGUUAAGUUUAGGCCAGGGAAUGGGUGGCUAGUUACAAUUUUAAACCUGUAAGUCACACAAAUGAUAAAUACAGUACCCUCUGCUCAGCUGUUUUCUAUGUAGAUCUUGUACCUGCUGCCAGUUCACCUACCUGAGGUUAUAUGUUUUGUACAAUGUUUUUUCUAUGAUGAGCAUUCCAGAAAAGAGUUAACGGGUUAAUCUACCGAGGACUAUUUCCUGAAGGGCUGUAUGCACAGUCUCCAGAAUUUUCUCCAGCAAAGUUCAAUUUUUUACCUCAACAGCUGUAGAUUGCCCAGCGUUUAGUUAAAAGUGAUUUUUGUACAGGUAUGUAUAUACAGCUAUAUGCGUGUUUGCAUACUUUGUGUAUGGUCCAUUGAAGAGCAGUGCUUCAAAUGAAUAGUUUCUAUUAUAAAUAAAAAAAUGAGCAUCCUU